UAAAGAAAUACUCUAGCAAUAAAUGCUUUUUAUGAGACCUUUGUUCUGGAUGGCUUUAUGUCUUACAACUAACAUCGAUUAGCCUCUUGUAGAUGCUUUUUAUUGGAUGAUUAAAAUGCUGCUUAGGUUUUAUUUAGUGGCACAAAACAUUUGGCUCAUAAAAUCGCUAAAAAGAAGACCUUUAGCCACCGUCUCAGCUCUUAGUUGUUAUCUUAGUUGUUAUCUGUGACUUUUUUGAAGGUUUUCUUCUUUUUUGCUUUGUCCAGCCAUCUGGCCUCAUGCUGGGAAAUGGUGCCAAGCAUUUUUCAUGACAAUACUAACAUCAAUCUCCUUCUAUCAGCUGUAAGCCCUGCUGUAUGUGUGUGCUCUCAUUCUGUCAAAGUGCCUCCAUCUCUACAGAGUUUAAACGGACAACACAUUAAAAUGAGUCAUCGCAGAAGGGGCUUUGCUGAACCAAAAAUAUGCAUUCAUGCAUUCAGUUUAGUGAUACAGAGUGUGAGGAGAAUACAAGGCUGGAAAACAGCAUGCUCCCUCUUCUCUCCUAAUCAACUCUGUUUUCCCUUUCUGUCUUUCUCCCUUUGCACAAAGUUGGUGUUCCAUUUCCAGACACUACUGGAUAAUUUUGAGAGGACAGUGAUCGACGACAGUCGCAAAAACAAGCAGCCAACAGAGAUUUUUGUGGGGAAAAUGUUCAAGAUGGAGGUGUGGGAGGUGCUUUUAACCUCCAUGAGGGUUGGUGAGGUGGCAGAGUUCUGGUGUGAUGCUAUUCACACAGGUCUCUAUCCCCUGGUUGCUAAAGGGAUGCGUUUGGCUGCACAGGGCAAAGACCCACUGGAAGGCCAGCAGCACAUGUGUGGUAUGGGCAAUGUGUUCACCUACCAUUCCACAGGCUUUCCUGAGCUCGAUGAGCUGAUGAGGGAGCCACAGCCUCUAAUCUUCAUCAUGGAGCUAAUCUCGGUAGGUGAGCCAUUCUCCUACCUUCGUGAGUCUUGGCUCAUGGAGAAGGAUGAGAAGAUGCAGCUUGUGCCCAUCCUUCACCGCCAAGGCAACACACUUGUCCAGGAAAAAUGUUACCGUGAAGCAUCUGAGAAAUACAAGGAGGCCGUGCUGCUGUUACGCACUGUCCAGUCAAGGGAGAUGCCAGGAGAUGAGGACUAUAUUAAGCUGAGCAAGCUUAUUAUCCCUCUGGUCCUCAACUAUUGCCAGUGCAUGCUAGAGCUAGAAGAAUACUAUGAAGUAAUAGAGCACACCACAGAACUGAUCGAGAAGCAUAAAGACUGUGUGAAGGCUUAUUAUAAGCGAGCCAAAGCUUAUGCUGCUGUCUGGAGUGAGAAGGAGGCCAAACGGGACUUCCUGAUGGUGGCCAACCUGGACAUGACUCUGGCUAGGCUGGUUCAGAAAGAACUAAAGCUCCUUUCAGAAACAAUGAAGGAGAAAUACUGGGAGGACAAAGAGAAAUAUUGGAACAUUUUUGAGAAGAAAAAGAGGAAUGAGGAUGAGAAGAAGACUGAGGAGAAAAAAGAGGAAGGAUGUGCAGCAGAACAAGAUGAAAAAAUGAAUCUGAAUGAGAACUUGCAGUGUUCUCAGCCAAAGGUCAAAGAGGAGCAGGAGUAUGAAAGUGCAGAGGCAAACACACAAAAUAGGCAAUUGGAAGAGCCAAAAUCAGAAGUUGAUCAGCAAAUUGCUGCUCCUCCUGAGGGCAUGGAUAGGCAGCAGAUGUUACGGCUGAUUAUGCUGCUCCAGGACGAAGGGAGUUUCUAUAUUAAAGAGCAGCACUUCGCUGAGGCCAUGGUGAAAUUUAAAAAUGCCCUGGAGUAUGUAGACUAUCUUCAAACCAAGGAGAUAGAUUAUAAAGGAGAGGACUGGGAGUCACUGGAGAAAAUACGCCUGCCACUCACUCUCAACCUGAGCCAGUGCAAGUUUGAGCUUGGGGAAUACCAAGAGGUGGUCAAACUCAAUAGCCAACUACUAAAAAAUCACAGAGACAACCUAAAAGCCAUCUAUCAGCGUGCUCGUGCCUAUUCAGCCCUGUACAAUGAGGACAAGGCCCGACAGGAUUUCUUCAGAGCAGAGCACCUUGACCCCAAGCUCAAACCCAUUGUCAAACAGGAACUAAAGAAGCUAGGUGAGAAUCUCCGGGCCAAGCAUGUAAGUGAGAACAAAAACUACUGGGCCAGCAGCCAAGAGAAGUGGGAGCAGAAGGCCCAGGCCAAGAGAGGCAACAAGAAGGAGUUGAAAUUGUCUGACAAGAGAAAAGCCACCAAAGAGAGCUAUGAUGAAGGACAAGAAAUUAAGACAGGCAUAUCUAGUAAAGGAGAGGAGAACUCACUCAGCCAGGCAGGGAAUGAAGAAGGACAGGAUAUAAAGACAAACACCUUGAAUAAAGAGCACACAAGCUCUCUGCCUCUAAAAGAGGGGAAUGUUGAGCCUGGAAAUAAAGAGGGAUAUUCAGCCACAGCAAAGGUGGUGAAAGAAAAUACAGACAGAGCAACAAGGCUGGAUACAAUUAGUCAGCUCAAGGAAGACUCUCAUGCAGCUACACCAGCUGUUAAAAGCACAGGUGCCACACAGAACACUGAUGACUAGAAGAGCACCAACCCCCAAACAAAACUGAUGAACACAGCAGAUGUUUUAGCUAGGCACUGCAGAGGACACAGGGGUUCUAUGUGCUGAAACACUGGCACAACACAAUGAUUGGUCUGAAUGUGGUGACACCAAGAAAGGCAGAUAACACACCAAGAAUACACAGAGAAAGAAUAUAGGAAAACUGUGUCCUAAAGAUGCAUCCACUACAGCCAAAGUGUAAUCUGCAAAACCUCCAGAAGUCCAGAAGUUCUAAACACAAACCUAAAAAGAAGAAUGAACACAUGCAUAUUCCUAAAUUAAUUCAUAGACAUAGUGUGCUCAGUCAUGUAAGAAGACACAAAAGACAUGAUGUAUAAGAAAUACAAAUUUAUUUCUCUGUAUA